GUGCCUAUAGUUGAUCGGCCUAUUGAAAUAGAAUUACUACGCCGAUAGCGACGAGAUGGGUCGCCAUAAGUCACGUCGGGACAGUGAAGAAAGCGGUAAGAGAUGAAGAGACCGCCAUGCACGUUCCCUGUCAUCGCACGAGGAUAAGAGACGAAGAGACCGCCAUGCACGUUCCCCGUCAUCGCACGAGGAUAAGGGACGGAGAGAACGCCAUGCACGUCCCCCGUCGUCGCACGAGGAUAAGAGGCAAAGAGAAGAGCGUUUCGAACGACUGGAACGCAUAGUAGAAAGUAUGGAUCGAUGAUCGAGCACACGAGGCUCGUGCAUUCAUCGAGGAGACGAGCAGAUGAUACCUAUAUUCGAUCCAUCAAAGGAUGAUUUGGUAAUUGAGAAAUGGAUCGAGCACGUGGACGACUUAGCCACGCAAUACGACUGGGACGACAGGGCCAUUAUGCGGCUAAUACCGGGCCGCCUAAAAGGCCAUGCACGACAAUGGUACGAUACGCGACCACGACUGGCUAUCACGUGGACGGAAAUGAAAGAAUCCCUUAAACAACAAUUCUGUAAGUCAGUCCCUUUCAGCAAAUUAUUCAAGGAAGUCGCGUUGUACGAAAGUGCACCCGGUCAAGCACUCGGAGAUUAUUGCUUUCAGAAGCUGAACAAAAUGCGUAAGUUAGACGUUAGUAUACCCGACAAGUAUCUUAUUGAUGCAGUGAUCAGCGGAAUCACUGACGAGAGUGUAGCUAGAACCGUACGAUCCGCUCAACAUUGCGACGCGAACGCGUUAUACGUUUAUAUGACGUUAGGUAAUCUUUCUUCGAAAGGUGAGAAGAACAAAACCGCGGCGAUGUCUAGUUUUAGAAACGAGCGAAAAAGUCAAUCGUCGGGGCGCGCGAUAAAUCAAUCGCAAGUUAAGGAGGACGAAAACACCAAGCCAACAGACGGUAAUACUAGUACGGUAAAAUGUUUUAAUUGUGGUAAGGCGGGUCAUAUCGCGAAGAAAUGUCGUAUGCCUCGCAUAGAGUGUGAACAGUGUCACCGCUUGGGACACAACGUCGAAAAAUGCCCUUCUAGAAAGGACGUGAAUGCCGUAAUGGAACGAAAACGCUCGGCGAAUUUGUAUGAAAGGCCGGUGAUUGUGAACGGGCAUAAAAUCGACGGGCUGCUAGACACGGGAAGUAGCUGUAGCUUAAUAAGAAAAUCUGUUGCCGAAAGAUGGAAUAUACCGAUAUCCAUUACACCCGAUAGUGUGCUAAGAGGUUUUGCAGGGCAGGUCGCAACAAGUAAUCAGGCGGCAGCUUGCAAUAUUCGAAUCAUGAACGCAACCGCCCAGGUUGACGCCGUGGUGGUACCGGAUAACCAGCUUGUUUACGACAUCAUAGUCGGCCGCGAUUUCUUAGAACAGGAGCACAUUGUCUCUAUAAAACGGGGAAAUAAGUUAACGCUCGAACAAUUACCUACACUUAACACGGAACUCGAGGCUAUCGAGGACGUAAACUUUGCGGAAAUUACAAACGAUGCGGUGAACAUCAACGUCGAGAGCGAGGAGGCGAAGCCAGCGUGCGUAGAUUUAAUCCGAGAAUUUCGCGAUUGCGUGGCGUAUUCGAUAAAAGACCUAGGUAAGACAGAAGCCGCGUCGCUAGUCAUUCGCUGUACGUCCGAUGUACCUGUGGUCUAUCGUCCAUAUCGCUUAGCAGAGGCUGAGAAGCAAUUCGUAAGAGGGAUUAUCCGGGAACUUUUAACUAAUAACAUUAUCCGGGAAUCAAAUUCGCCAUACGCUAGUCCG